GAAUGUAAAAAUUUUGAAACGUACAAUAUCACAGCUGCAUUUGUUCUGGCAAAACGUUUUUACCCUACCAUGGCCUAAAUCUUCAAGUAAAUUACAACAUAAAAUCCAAUUCAUAAAUUAAAUAGUAUUUCAGCUCGGAAAAAUUUGAAAUAAACCAAAAAAAUGGCAUCAGUAUUGAAGAAAACUGUUUUAACAAAAAAUAUUACGAUGCUGAAAUGCAUUAACGGACAUCGUCACAUGGCAACAGCCUGCAGAAUUCCAACAUUGUACAACACCCCGAGUGACUCUCGGAGCUACUCGCACAUAAACAUAGCAAUGAGACAUUCGAUCAAGGAGAUGAAGCCUGGAGAAAAUUUGAAGACCAUACGUACUGUACGCAGCUGUACUUCUCUCCCUAGUUUGGCAUCCACCAAACUGCCAAGGUCUCAUUCGGAAGUUGUUAGUACUCAAAUGCGCGCUUUGUCAAGUUUCUGUUUGAACCAAACACGAAAUUCUUCAUCUGAUGCACCUCAAGCUCAACCCAAAGUCAGUUAUUCUCAAGCCGCAGCUAACGCGACAGCAAAUGCUUUGUCAUCAUUGUCUGUAUGCUCAAACCCUUGUUGUAAUCCAGCAUCUUGUAAGUGCAAUCCUACAUGUGUCAACUACAUGACAGGAUAUUACUAUUAUCCGUAUGGAACAUGGAUGUGUGGGCCUUACCAUGUUUCUGGCAAGUGUGUGCCAGUAAAGGGCCCAGUUAAUGCAGCGGAAUGCCCUUGUCCCUGCGCCCCUUGUGGACCCUGUCUUCCUUGUGGCCCAUGCGCUGCCUGCGGCCCUUGUACUUCAGGCGCACUUGGCAAUUCUUCACAAAUGCAAACUGGCAUACCCAGCUCUUGUAUUGUUGGAAUUGGAUCUCCAGAAAGCACUUGCAAGGAAGCUCAAAAAUACGCCGAGGCACAGCAAAACUAUCAGGUCAACUAUGGGCAGCAACAAUAUCAAAACUAUAACCCAUUCCCAUAUCACCAUGGUUGCUGGUAUAACGCAUCUGUACAACCGAAUUGGGGUUACCAGAAUCAGGCACAGAGCGAGACACAGCCACAAGCAAAUUCUCCAACUCAAAACUUGCCAAAGUCCAACCUUAGCCAAACUCCUAAGGUAGACGCUAAAAGCACUCCGGCAAAUUUGAAAGGCCCGUAUUUAAGUUGUUUGGCGAGCACUGCAAACCCGUCUGCUAAAGCACAGUGUCCUAAGUAUUUGUCACCGAAGCCUCUACCCGGAACGCCUUUAUCAAACCAUACAAGUUUUAAGAAACCAACGAAUAAAUAGUUCCCCGAUAAGUUUACUUGAUCAAACACCAAAAUGCAAGUAGAGGAAGAUACCGGCGAUACGCAAAAUGCCUAAACUAUAUAUUUAUGAUUGUAUGACUCAUGGAUUAAGAAGUAUACAGUAAGCAUGAACAACAAAAUGGUGUAAUUAUUAUUAUAUUAUUUAUGCAUAAGUAUUAUGUACAUUAACAUCCUGUUGGCUUUAAUGAACUGGUAUGGGUAAA